AUGGAUAAGAGAAAGUCAUGCAUUUUGAUGGCUUUCUUUAUUCUAUUGCUAUCCAUGGAUGCCAUCUUUGUCCAGGCUGCAGGCAAUAGUAAUGCCAACAAUGGCAACAAAAACAGCACUGAUGACAGCAAAGAAGAUUAUGACGUGUUAUCACCAGAGUCUGAUGGAAAGGAACGAGCUAAAUGCAAAGCAAAUGGAGCUUGUUACGCCAAAACUCUUACAUGUCCAAAUGAAUGCCCACAGAGGAAGCCCAAAGAGAACAAAAAGAAGAAGGGAUGCUAUGUUGACUGUAGUAGCAAAUGUGAAGCCACUUGCAAAUAUAGAAAGGCCAACUGUAAUGGAUACGGCUCCCUCUGCUAUGAUCCUCGGUUUGUUGGUGGAGAUGGUGUAAUGUUUUACUUUCAUGGAGCAAAGGGAGGAAACUUUGCUGUUGUUUCAGAUGAGAGCCUCCAAAUCAAUGCCUAUUUCAUUGGAACUCGACCAAUAGGAAGGACUCGCGACUUUACAUGGGUCCAAGCUUUGGCUAUAAUGUUUGAAAGUCACACCCUUGUCAUUGCAGCAAAGAGAGUGACACAUUGGGAUGAUAAUGUUGAUGCUCUCACUGUAAGGUGGGAUGGUGAAGCAAUUAACAUCCCUACUGAUGGAGAGGCUGAAUGGAGGACCAAUGGUGAAGAAAGAGAAGUGGUAGUGGAAAGAACCGAUGAUGCUAACAGUGUAAGAGUUAGAGUUGCUGGGCUGGCUGAAAUGGACAUCAGGGUGACACCUAUUGGAGAAAAAGAAAACAAAGUUCACAACUACCAGUUACCCUCUGAUGAUGCCUUUGCUCACUUGGAGACACAAUUCAGGUUUUUCAAUCUAACAGAUCUUGUUGAGGGAGUGUUAGGCAAGACAUACAGGCCUGACUAUGUUAGCCCUGUCAAGAUUGGAGUUCCCAUGCCAAUGAUGGGUGGGGAGGACAAGUACCAGACUCCAUCCCUCUAUUCACCUCUUUGCAAAGCUUGCAGAUUUCAGAGGCAGUAUGGGUUUGGUGAAGUUGCUCAAUACUAA